UGAAGUCCCUUUAUUUGACGGGUUGGGGGUGAGGGAUAGGGGGACGAUAUUAAGAAGAAAAAAUAAUAAUUUAGCAGAAAACCCUACUUCCUAUACCCCGCCCGUCCCAUCUGCUGUUUUCGGAUCCAAGCCUGUCUGAAAGAGAUUCAAUCAAGAUGAAGAUAAUUGGUGUUGCUGUGUUUGGAGCCAUGUUCUGCACUGUUCUGACUGCUUCCCUGAAAGUCAAAGAAGAACACAAGAUUGCUUUUUUCGGCGAGGAUGUGCACAUCCCACUCCCAUCCCUAGACAGCACUGAGGUUCUCUUCAAGCCCGCCUCCAACCCAACCGCCGAGGUGGUCCUCAUGAGGGACGGGCGGGUGGUGGGCCACCGGGCCCAGCUCAACUCCCUCAAGCACCUCAUCCUGGAGGAUGUGGGGGAGGAGGACGAGGGCAUGUACGUGAUCAAGAACACAGAGGCGCCUGCCGAUGUCAAACACAUCCUCCUCCUCGUCAGGGAUUGCGCGCUGGAGCAGGUGGUUAAGUACGGUGAGACAUACCACAUCCCGCUCAGCGACAUCUUGGGCCCUAUCACCCUGGAGUUCAGGCCCAGUCAAGCCCAGGCCAAUCAGACCACGGAGCCACCGGCGGUGGUGCUGCUCAACCAGACUUCCAUCCCCGCUGAAGAGUACAAGGGCCGUCUGAGUGUGUCCGAGAAAAGUGUGUCUCUAAGCAUGGUGCAGGGGACAGAUGAAGGUAGCUUCACCGUACUGGACCGCGACGGGAAGGUCAGGAGGAGGUCAUGCCUGAACGUGAAAGAGCACCAGAACUUCUUCCACCUAUCAUAUGGCAGUACUUUGAAGAUCAACCUGUUUGUGGACCACACCAAAGUCAACCUCCUGUACACUCCAGACUGGGACCGGAAGGACCGGGUCAUACUGGAGCAAGGAGAGCUGGUGGUGCCGUUGGACCCUUCACUGGACGGCAGGCUGACUGUAGAAGGCUCCAUGUGCAUUCUGGAGAGGGUCCGGUUCAGUGACAUGGGGCUCUUCAGAGUGACAGACCUGUUGGGGUUCCCUGUGACCAACAUCUACCUGGAGGUAGAAGCUUAUAAGUUACCCACGCUGUAUGUUGCAAUCCUCUCCUUACUGGGCUUCCUGGUCCUCCUCUUGCUGGUGUGCCUGUUCUCCUGCCUGACCAGUGUGCGCCGUCGGGCGGAGAAGGCGCGGCAAAUUGCCCUCAUCGCCCAGCAGGCGGGCAAAGGGGAUGGAGACGCAUUCGUCAAGGUUGUUCAAGAGGCCUAUACGCGGUUCGCUGAGGAGUCCACUUUGACGUCUACGUGGGACAACACCAAUGCCACAGAAAGCACGGAGGUCACUAUUAAGGGUCUGGAGGUAUCUAAAGCAGGCCGCUACCACACUCUCUCCUCGGACAAGAACUUCCUGGAGAUGAGCGACUCGGGGGUAGAGUUCAACUCCUCCGGCAUCCCGUUAGACAGCGAAUACGAGACGGACGUGCCCCAGACCUUCACCUCCCACAAGCUGCUCCUCAACAACUCUGACAGCGUGGCAGCCACUGUCAUCCCAGAGGGAGAUCAAAGCGCCAACCGGAACCCCGACUCGGCCAUGAGCCCCAGCCUCGUGACCCAGGCCCGCUCUGAGGCCGACGCCCCUGAAGAAGACCUGAUGGGUGACAGCACGCCAGAAAUGACAUCCAGGGGCGCCGAGCUGGCUGGCGGACUUAAAGCAGCCGACAGUGUUGCUGAGCCUGGCGAUUAAGCAAGCAGCCUAUUGAUUCCCAGUGCCACCGCAGAGAACACCAUCACCUGAGAGCUCCUGCAUUGUAUUCCUAAAAGUCAGACACAAACCACCGGACACCCUAACAAUCUUUACUCUUCAGCCUCAAUUACUCCCCCACUCACACAGACACGACCAAAAAUCCCGAUCACUGCUUCUUUUUUUUAACCUAAAGCUACAAAAAAAUACUUGGUGUAAAAAUAGCCAGUCUAAAUGCACUAGACUUUCUAAAGAGGAAAAAUACAAGAACUUAGCUCAUUAGAACACAUGAAUUCUGUGCAUACAGGAAAUGCAUGUGUAACGGAGUUAAAUCAAAUCAAAUCAAAUCAUCAAAUCAAAUCAAAAUCAUUAAGAACGUACCGUAAGCUCACUCCACAGCUAGGUUGAAAUGUCGCGGAUGGAGCCAUCCAAUUGGCACCUUCUGGGUGGCUCAACCUGUUGGAAUGUUGUCAAGGAGGGCCGUCACGUGUGUUGUGAAGCAGAGGAUCACUGGUUUGAGCCCAGUAUGUGGCAGUUGGACUGUGGAAGAAGCUAAGCUGUUAACAGCACACUGACCCCCAUUACACAUGUUUUUAAAUUAGACUUAAAGCUAGAAUGUAUCCUUAGCUGGCCCAAGAGGGAAUUGAUAGUAUUAAUUACUGAUAGUACUAAGUAUUAAGAACCACAGACUCAGAGAUAAUAUCUAAGAUAACUUAGUGGACUAAGGGAAAAUGCAAGAUUAAAAUGUCCAAAAGGAAUGAGUGCACACUGAUAUCAAAGUAAAAAAUGUUUUAAAUAAUCCUGUAAAAAUGUAUCCCAGAUUUCCUAUAAUGACAAAAAUGAUAACAUUUCUGACAGAUCUACAACAUAUUUAAUCCAUCUUUCUUAUUAGCAUUGAAUGUCCCUACCACUGAUACUGUAUGUGGGGCCAUAGACAUAGCAGCAAAAUGUAUGACAUAGGCCCAGAGUAAUAGACCAACUUAAUUUUAAAAAUAAAAUUGUAAUACUAGACUAACAAAACCAAUAAAGACAACUUUAUUUUCAAAACAAAUCUUGGUAAAUAACGCUUCUGACAACCACAAGCCCAUAGUUUCUGACAUAGGCCUAUACCGCUACAAUUUCAUUACAUGACAGAAAUUACAGGCAAGGCUUUGGCACCAACUCAGAGAAAGCGCUUGUCUCAGCAUAUGGCCUCUACAGAGAGCUAAUUCUUGAUAACUGAUACAAGCCUCGUAGAUUGAAUAACACCAUGCUAUGCAAGGAAGCUCGUAGUGUCCCUGGGCAUGUAACAAGGUGUCCAAAUCUCUGCCACUUUUGAUGACAUCAUCCAGUAAAACACAUGUUUUAAACAUCCCUUAGCUUGCAACACAAAUGACCCGGAACUAAUACAACAGCAACUUCACAUCACGCCAUUUUGAACCCAUCUACAUAAGGGCAUGUUUCUCAUUACAACCCCAGCCACUGCAGAAAACGCCUUGGAACAGGGACUUCUGGUUGGAAGGGACCUAAACAUUUGGAUUGUUGCCCUUUAAUAAAGACAGACUCAGGAGUGAUAAGAUAGACCUAUUGACAAUGAAUGACCUGCAUGAUGUCACCCAUCCUUCUUUUUGUAUCCAAUUGGUAGUUACAGUCUUGUCUCAUCGCUGCAACUCCCAUAUGGACUUGGGAGAGGCGAAGAUCGAGAGCACGUCCUCUGAAACACAACCCAACAGCACUGCUUCUUGACACAAUGCCCACUUAACCCAUAAACCAGCCACACCAAUGUGUUGGAGGAAACACCGUACACCUGGCGAUCGUGUCAGAGAGCACUGCGCCCGGCCCGCCACAGGAGUUGCUAGAGCGCGAUGGGACAAGGACAUCCCUACCCGCCAAACCCUCCCCUAACUCGGACGACGCUGGGCCAAUUGUGUGCUGCCCCAUGGGUCUCCGGCCGGCUGCGACAGAGCCUGGACUCAAACCCAGAAUCUCUAGUGGCACAGCUAGCACUGCGAUGCAGUACUUUAGACCACUGCACUACUCGGGAAGCCCCCUUUUUUCAUUCCUAUUUUGCCUGACUCCACGGCCCAAAAUGAACUAAGUGCUGAAUUGAUAAAUGCUAACGAUUAAGCCAACUUUCCUGACAAGACUGAAAAUACAUCGCUUACUGAGAUUGGCGCGCCAACAAAGCCAGCAAAGUUAUUAAGAUUCAAUGCACUUGCCGCUGCAUUCAUCAAAGUCUUUAUGGGAGAAGGUUUGCACAUUUCCUUUCAACACAUUAUGUACUGUCAGAUUCAUUUAUUUGAACCAAACAUCCCACCCAGAAUCUCAAUUCAGUACAACAUAUUUUCAAACGCAUUGUAUUUCAGAUGGGUGAGGAUGCACGACGAGAUUAUAAAAAAGCGGUAAAGUCCCAAUGCAAAACAGAACAUGAUUCUUAAUCCAACAUCGUGGUUGCUGAACUGUUGAAAUGUCAAGAUUAUUGUAUUGUUUUAAGUCCUAUGAGAAUUGUACUCUAAAAUAGGCCUAAUAUCCCGGAUCUAUUCAAUAUAUUCAGUCUGAACAGGAAAAACGCAGAACCGUUCGCCAACCGUUCAGAUAACAUCAGUGAGAGAUGUCCGUCUGUCCAUUUGCUGCAAAUAUAUAUUGCAAAGUCAUCCACCAUCCAUUUGCUUCAGUAACACUAGAUUAAUACACCCAUUACAACAUCUGACAAACCAUUCCACUAAGGAUUCCCAUUGGUUUCAACUCUAGUACAAUCAGGUUCGGCAUAUUAUUAACGAGGGCAUUCUGUAUGUCGAUAAUUGUUGUGUGUACACAUGAUCAUGUUAAAAAGGUCAAAACAAAUGGAAUGAAGGGGUAUAACAGUCCCGGGAAUUUUGGGACGCGGCAUAGUUGUUGUUGGGGGACAGCAUCUGCUGGCAAUAUCGCUACCUCGUGUUGUGACCGAUUUAGGAUGUCCGUGAGUGGAUCUCAACUGAGUAAGGCAGACAUGAUUGGUGUCUGAAAGAAAAAGCACAAAUAUAACACGAGAAACAGUUAAAAGUAUAACAAAAAUGUUCAACAUGAAUUUAAUUGCAGCUGUUGUAAAUAACACUACCGACAAAAUAAAAAGUAUGAUUCUACAUUCCUUUUUUUGGUUGUAAAUUAAGGUUAAAUUGUUUUUAAUGCAACAUGAGAAUGCCGGACAGCGUAAAUAAAUAUCAUACGUGUAAAUUCAUCAUAUAUGAUGUUGCUAUUCUAUCGGCUAUUCUAUUGGUUUUGUAGAAUAUAAUUUAUUUAUAGAUUUGUGUUCAAUUAGUGUUUCAUUUGCACUAAUUAUUUAGAAUUGAUGACAACUUUGACUAAAGACAAUGUAAAAGCCACCUUUAAAGCUAUCCCUUUCAUAUCAGGUAACAAGCUACUGAAUCCAUGGUCUGAUUAGGUACAUUUGACCCAUUCCUAUUUUAACUAAUUAAAGGGGGAUUGAUUUUUAAUUGAAUCUUGAGCAAUAUCUGCGCUUUAGCACCGAAAAACAAAGAUAUAUAUAUAUAAAAAUCUUACCUUAAAAAUCUUACCCAAAGCUCACUUUCAAGCACUCUUGUAUAUAGCCGAGAUAUAUUGCAUGUGUAUAGCCAAUACUGUUUCUUACUGCAAAGUUAUGCAAGAUUUUAUAUCCCUGAGUUGGGUAAUUUAUCCUUUCACUAAGUUCACAGUAGUUAUACUGAUACACGUAAUGUAGGAGAUGCCUUAGACUGAGUGAUCGAGGAGACAUAAUAGCAGUAAAAUGCCUAUUUUUCUGUCUCUCGUUCUCUUCUCUCAUUUGCAUCACACAUCAUCUACCUAGAGUAUCACACGAUAGUAUCCGAACCUCAGAAUGUUUUUUGGAAAAUGCUAGACAUGCUUGAACAUUUCAUAAGAACUCUUAGUAUCAAGACUACUCUAACUAAUAUUACACUUUUUUCUUCUUAUGCAGAUAACUGCUGUCAGCUAUAGUGUACCCAAAAACUACUGCUGCAUGUUGAGCCGUAGGUUGCCUGUGAGACAGCAGGAAUACUGCCAUAUUUAAAUUGCAACGUAAAUACUAUCUUGUUGGUGUCUGUUCAUGCAGUCAAAGAGGUAUUCUCAUUGUCAAUAUUACUAUGGCUCAGACUGGAAUAAUGUACACGUCGCCCGCAAAAGCCAUUACAAAAUCACCUCUGCAAUUUUCACAAUGAUUCUAUUUCCUUAAUAUUGAUGUCAGCCAAAAUGGUAUGUAAAACAAAUGGUCACCCAGAGUUGAGAGUAAGUCUGGAGUGACUUUAUGCUAUAUACAGGUAGAAAACGUGGGAUUUCGGAAACAAAGUAUGACCAUUCAUUACAAAGUAAUUCAUUAUUAGUAGUAUUUAAUAUUCAGCAAUCUAUGUCCAUUUGAUCUACUUCAGGGUUGAGUUCACAAGGCUGAAGUCCAUAGCUGAAUUCAGAAUUGUAUACCUGGCAGGUUUAUUUCAGGUACCUUGGUGGGAAAAGAUGUCAGAUGUAAUCAGGAAAACUGCUUCUGAAAAUGAAAUGAUGCGUUAUUGGUUAUUGUGAUUAUAUUUUAUUGUUUUGUUUCAUUUAAAAUGAAUUACUUUCCAAACUUGCCUGUUAGGUUAAAGUCCAGAAUUCAUACUGUUGGCUCUCUAGCUAUAUUAUCGUUGACUUUUAUAAUACUUCGCUAUCACGUACGAACAACUAUGCCCUUGUGUGCUAGAAUGAACCGUUUUGAAAAUGUUAUACUUUUGGCAUCAUGCACAGAAUUUUUAGAAAUAUUUUGUUUCUUCUGUAAUGAAUGAGCAAUGUCCAUUAAAGGAUUUUGAAGAGA